AUUUGUCUUUUGUUCUCUAUUUAAUUUCCUCAGUUAAGCCACCAUAGGUAACGAUAAAGAGCCGUACAUACCGUGGUAAAAUGAACUGAGAAUAGCAAUGGCCAUGGAAGUGCAAAAUGAGCUUCCACCAAUCAUAAGUGGUGGAACAAGCUUCCUCAGAACGUGCUUUAAUUGCCUUAAUGCUUUAUCAGGAAUAGGACUCAUAACCAUGCCAUAUACACUCAGACAAGCUGGAUGGUUAAGCCUUGGCCUGCUUCUAGCAAUGGCAAUUGUGACUUGCUAUACUGGGCUACUGCUACAACGAUGCAUGGACUCCAUACCAUUGAUUAUAACAUACCCUGACAUAGGCUGGCAUGCAUUUGGGAGAAAAGGAAGAAUCAUAGUUUCAAUCUUCCUGUAUUUUGAGCUUUAUCUAAUCCUAAUAGGAUUCUUGAUUUUGGAACGUGAUAACUUACACAAGUUAUUUCCAAACAUUAGCUUUAAAGUAGGAGGGCAACACAUUGGAGGAAAGCCACUUUUUACACUAGUAGUUGGGCUGCUGAUUGUACCUUCAAUGUGGUUGAAGGACUUGCGCUUGCUUUCUUUUAUCUCAGCGAGUGGUGCCCUUUCAUCUCUUAUUAUUAUCUGUUCCGUAUUUUGGGUUGGUGCAGUUGAUGGAGUAGGUUUCUCUGAAAAAGCAGAGCUGUUUAAUUUGGAAGGAGUUCCUUUUGCUCUCAGCUUGCAUGCCUUCUGUUAUGGUGCUCAUGCAAUUUUCCCAACAUUGUACUCUUCUAUGGAAGACAAAAGUCAGUUCUCUAAGGUUUUGUUCAUCAGCUUUGCUCUUUGUGCUCUCAGCUACAUAUCCAUGGCAAUCAUUGGCUAUCUAAUGUUUGGCCAGAGAUUACAAUCACAAGUGACACUGAACCUGCCUACAAGCAAAUUCAGCUCAAAGAUAGCAAUAUACACCACUUUAGUUGGUCCACUUGCUAAAUACGCCCUUGUAGUCACACCUAUUGCAGAAGCCAUGGAAAGCCAAUUGCCUAGUAACUAUAAUAUCAGGGCUAUUAGCAUCCUCAUCAGAACAUUGUUACUAAUUAGCACAGUCAUUGUGGCCUUAGUUAUUCCAUUUUUUGGACUGUUGAUGGCACUUAUUGGAUCUAUUCUGUCUGUCACUGUUUCCAUUCUGCUUCCAUGCUUAUGCUACCUGAAGAUUUUUGAAAGUUAUAAGAGGUUGGGACUUGAACUAGUUAUUAUUCUGGGGGUUGUAUUGCUCGCUCUCUCAGUUGGAGUGAUGGGCACAUACUCAGGGCUAAAGAGAUGGUGAAAUAUCUUUGAAAGCUGCAAUACUGGUUUUGAGUGUGGCUAUGUCAUCUUAGGUCAUAAUGGAAAUAUUUUGUAACUUGCAAAGGUGUGUAUCUUUUUAAAAUAUCAAAGAAUUAGCAAUAGAUUGCCAUCACUGAUAUUAUUUUUUUACCUAUCAAUA